AGCAGUGUGUGACGCUGCGUGGGGGUGUUUGUUCUCCUGAUGUCAUUUGGCAGAAGCGGAGGCUGAGCUAACGGUGGGCUCACGAGCGGACAGCACAACAAUACCGUUACCGUUACCCUCCUCCCGCCGCGACCCACAGCGGCGCGUUCUGUGCCGCGUGAAACCCGAGCCCGUUCCGCACCGGAGACGAGGGAACGGAGGCGGCGAGGCCGGUGUAACGGGCUGAACGCGGCAGAUGCUCCUCCAGCGGAGACGGAGAACGGGCUUGAAUAAGCAGGACAGGGUGAUGGCUUCUCGCGUUCCUGACGGCUAACUCGAGACCUCGGCUAAAAACACGCGUCUGUGGAACCGCGGAGGGACCCGCUUCGCCGCUCCCGCGCCUCCGCUCGCGCGUCACCGUGUCUGAAAUGCGAGUGCAGUCUCGGUCUCGUCCGUCGAGCAGCCUCUGGGCCGCAGCUCGGCUUCCCGAGCCCGAACCUGGGAAGUAGCUAGCUAGCUAGCUCGCUGCUAGCCGCAGCCGUGCCCGAUGCUGCCGCUACCGCGGUGGCUGCUGCAGCUAAGCGGAUCCGAAAGGCCACGCAGACGGUUCGGGGCAUCGGUGCCGAGUGAGCCACGGCGUUAUCGUACCGAACUACACCGAGCUUUUGAGAUGUGAUGCUUCUGCGCGUCGCGCUCGACGCUUUCGGAGCAGGGAGCUCUUGGCUGACGCGGAGGAGCUAACGUUGCUGCAAAAUGCACAGCAGAGGCACAACGGGCUCCUGUUGUUAAAGGGGGCGAGGUUAGACUGAUAACAGCCCACCCUGUGUCUCUCGCUAGGACAUCGACCACCACAUUUACCCCCCUCAUCGAACACUGCUCCAUCAGCCGGCGAUAUGGAUAAACUGACGAUCAUUUCAGGAUGCCUGUUUCUGGCGGCAGAUAUCUUUGCAAUAGCCAGUAUUGCAAACCCAGAUUGGAUCAACACUGGUGAAUCAGCAGGGGCUCUGACGGUCGGUCUCGUCCGGCAGUGUCAAACCAUCCACGGAAGAGACCGGACCUGCAUCCCGCCCCGGCUGCCUCCAGAAUGGGUCACCACGCUCUUCUUCAUCAUCAUGGGCAUCAUCUCCCUCACGGUCACCUGUGGACUGCUGGUGGCGUCGCACUGGCGCAGAGAAGCCACCAAAUAUGCCCGCUGGAUCGCCUUCACUGGCAUGAUCCUGUUCUGUAUGGCGGCACUGAUCUUCCCAAUAGGCUUCUAUAUCAACGAGGUGGGGGGGCAGCCGUACAAGCUUCCCAACAACACGGUGGUCGGCUCCUCGUACGUGCUCUUUGUGCUCUCCAUCUUCUUCACCAUAGUGGGACUGCUGUUUGCAGGCAAGGUCUGCCUCCCGGGCUGAGGUCGCGACCCGGCCCGCCUCUGAACUGAAAUCGGAGGCUCUGAAAGAUUUAUGGGAUUUACAAAAAAAACACACACUCAAGACUGAAAUUCAAAAUCGACAAACUCUGGUGAGUAGCCGCGGAACGUGGAACGUCUCCUCUGUGUGGGACCGCAGCACCGCGGCGCACCUAACUACUAAAAGAAGAAACCGGAUGAGCGAGCGAAACACUAAAGGAGGACACGGGCACGAAGGGGUGGAGGAGCGCGGGCGAGCGAGCGAGCGAGCGCAGCGCAGGCUGCCGCAGCACCCUGCCACUGUUGAUUUAGAAUAUGGCCGCCUCUCUGUUGUUGUUCUGCUGGAAAGGGUGCUUAAUGUGCCGCUGCCAUGGCAACCACGGCCACAAUGCUGCUGCACAUUUCUUGAGGACCACUACAGCCACUCCUCGACUUGACUCGCCACCGUCCGCCCCGUUGCCCUCAGCAGACAUCCGCGCCGUCACAACCGCUCCUGUCGCUAUUUUUGGCUUCACUUCGCUACUUCAGUUGUGCAUUUCUUUUACGUUGUUGUACAUUUUGUGUUGUUUUUUUUUUUUCUCCCCCCUUGCACCCUUGUCGACCUUUCACUGAAGUAGUCUGAGUGUAAUUGAGGUUCGCUGAACUGAACCCUUAAGGGAUAUUGGGGGGUGGGUGGGGGGGCUUUAGAGCAGGGUUUUUUCCCCUCGCCUGUCGCUUCACACAGCCUCGUGUGUGUGUGUGUGUGUGUGUGUGUGUGUGUGUGUGUGUGUGUGUGUGUGGGGUUUGGGAGAGCAGCUGUGAUCACAGCUGUCCGGGCCGACACGCAGGCUGCUGCGGACGAAGGGAGCGAGCAGGUGUCGCUGCCUCUUCAUCUCCAGCCAGCUCUGGCUCAGGAGCAGGUAGCAGCCAGAGGUGACCUUUGCGGGCAGCAGAACUAGGGGUCAAGUGCCAUAAAGGAGAAUGCCACCCAGCGGAAGAUCUUACGUAACAUUAUUUAUAUAGGCAAGAAAUUAGCAAUAAAGUAUAAAUAAGUAGACAGUCGUUUUGCUGAGCUAAACACCACGCCAGUGCACAGCUAUUGCCAAUAACUAGUAGACUGUGAAGUUAGACAAUAAUCAUCUAAACAUAGACACAUCUGUUGUAUUUGCAUCAAUAAUCUUAACCUUGUCAAUACAGCCACAAGCAAACUUUCCAGGUUUUCAACCAUAUCCACAUCCCUGUGGUGUUGCAUCCUCGAGGGCUUAAGAUAAAUGACUUCAUACAUCGGUAAUUAUAACCAACGUUACUGACUUUUAUGUAUAGAAAUCCAAGUUGGUAUGAAAAUAACACGUGUAAUAAUUGGUGGUAUUCUCCUUUAAUGUAGGACAUAAAGAAUGGAGCCAGGAUUGUCGAUUUUUGUCUCGUUUUGUAUAACAGUGAAGGCAGUGGGACCGCAGGUCAGGUCCGUGUGGGGCUGUGCCUCAGCGCGUAGCUUAUUUCGCUUGUAGGUUUAUAACACACACACACACUUGCACAAGCAUAACUACCAGAACCAAUCCAAUACAUAUAUAUCACUCCCAAACUAUAUUUCCUCCAUUUGCUUUGUCAGUUUGAGUUUUGGGGGAUUUAAACAGCAAAUCUAAUUCACUAAUUCAGUAUUUACCAAAUCAAUUUAAUUGGUCAAAUCAUUGUCACAUUUAUAUGGCAAUGAUUUCACUAGGGCCUCGUGUGUGUGUGUGUGUGUGUGUGUGUGUGUGUGUGUGUGUGUGUGUGUGUGUGUGUGAUUAGUCACUAAGUCUUAGUUUUGUUGUGUAAUUCCGUUUCCUGCUCAGCUUUUCUUACUCUCGACCUGAUGAUGCUACUAAACUAUACACUCUGCAGUGCCCUGUUUUGGUUGGAUCAGUAUUGUGCCAUGGCCUGUUUUUGUUUAAUAAUGUAUAGACACAAAAGGCAGGUGUUCUGUAUUAGGAAACACUGUGCAUUCAACAGUAUAGGCUACAGAAAUAGAAACACCACAAAUGUAUAAAAAGAGAACUUCUUACCUCAUUGUUUUUGUUUCUGCUAUUAUUUUCUAAUGGUGGCAACGUGUGCCCUCUAAUUUGUCUCUUGCCUUGAUCGGAUGUCUACACAUAAAUCCUAUGAUCAUAGGAAAUUAUUUAUCACUGAAUAAAAAGAGGAAAAAUGGG